AUGGCCACACGAGGUGUCCAUCUCGAGAUUGUCACAUCUUUGUCCACUGAACAGCUGCUUAUGGCAAUGAAACGCUUUUCAAAUUUGCGUGGCACUCCGAGUAAUAUUUAUUCGGACAAUGCAGCACAAUUUGAACGAGGUUUCAAAGAGCUGAAAUCAGUGUUGAAUGUCACCAACAACUUGUUGUUGGAUGAAAGUGCAAAGAGGGAAAUUUCAUGGCACUUCAUCUCUCCACGUGCACCUCACACAGGGGGGGCGUGGGAAAGAAUGGUUCGUACGGUGAAGGAAGCACUUAAUAAAGUGCUGGGAAAGGCGCUACUUAACAUCGUCGAGUUGCAGACAGUUGUAACAGAAAUUUCUGGUUUAGUGAACGAUCGCCCUCUUGUUAAAGCUGGCUCACAGAUGAUGGAUGUAAUUACCCCCUCCAAGUUAUUUAUGG